AUGGCGUGCCUGUCGCCGUCGCCGUCCGGCCGGCGCCUGUCGGAGCUGCUGGAGGAGAAGCAGGAGCCCUUCGUCCUGGACCUGCACCUGCUCGAGAAGGGCUGCUCCUCCUCGCGCCUCCUCGACGGCUACGACACCGCGCUCUGCUGGCCCGCCGCCGCCGGCGGCAACGACGCCGCCGCCGCCGUGCUCCGGCGCCUCACCAGCAAGAAGAGCAAGGCGACCGCCCGGGCCACUGCCGGCGGUGGCAAGAAGAAGCAGCAGCAGCAGCCUGCCGGCGGGCUCCUCCAGCUCCUGCUCUCCAAGAUCCUCCGCGGCAGCAGCAGAGCGGCGGCGGCCCAGCGGAAGCCCGCCAAACUGCAGUUUUCCGACUCCUUCAAGCUGGCGGCCACGGCCACCAACCCGGCCGCCGUGGCGCCGGGGCCGUGCUUCGACGACCGGCGGCACAUGGAGCUGGACGCCGUCAAGACCGCCGCCGCCGCUGACGACGCUGUCAAGGCGCAGGACACCACCGUGGAGCGCUACGACUCCGACUCCGACGACGAGAAGCAGCAGCUGAGCCCCGUCUCCGUCCUGGACCACCCGUUCGAGAGCUCCUCAGUCCACGGCAAGCUGCUGCUGUCCCCGUCAUCCAAGGGCGCUGCCGUGACCAUGGACGUCUUCCGGGACCUCCUGGACGCGGCGUACAGCCCCGCGCUGCUCGCGCAGCUUCUCGCCAUGUCCGAGGACCUCCAACUCAGGGACGCCGCCGACGAGGACGAGUGCUACUACCGCAAGAGCCCCAAGCACUGCCGCGACGACGAGUCCGCUGCCGCCUACUGGGACGCGCACAGGGAGGAGCUGGCACGGGUGUCCGAGCUGGUCGCGUCCGAGCUCCCGACCUCCAAGCUAGUCGCCGCCGACGUAGAGCCCGAGCGCCGCGACGUCGGCGCCGAGGUCGAGGCCGCCGUGUUCGAGGCGCUGAUAAGGGAGCUCGUCGUGGAUCACCUGAGCUGCGGCUGCUGA